AAAUUGAAGCUGAGAACAAAAACUCAUUUUUCAGACCAUUUUUCUGCGUCGCUCUCUCUCUCUCUGGCCCUUUCUCAUUAUGCGUUCUUGUGUUCUCGUGUUCUCGUGGAUUUGUAAAAAGUCGUCAGUCGCAGGUCGAGUACUGUUCCAAUUCUAAGGUCUGCAUCUCGCUGAGAACGCUCAUCAUACCCGGAUGUGACUCGCCCCACCCAUUUAACGGGAAUGCAUCGGAGUAGGGUCGUUUGUUCUUGUGAGAGCCAAAUAUCCCAGAAUGCAUUUCACCUCAGCAAAAGUCAACGAUGACAGAGGAAAAUAAACACAACUGUAAGUCAAAGUUUAUGAAUUCUACUAUAUUUAAGUCAGAUAGGAAUUUUUCAGGCGAGAAGUUAGUUGUUUAAGAAGAUAAAACACAAACUGUUUCUGAGUAAAUUGCAUUCAUACAUACAAGUACUUGGUGAGAAACUUAGUGUUUGAGAGUCCGUCAUCGGAGGAAUGAAAAGGUUUUUGUUCAAGUUCAAGGAUCAGAAAAGGUGAACGAAAUAUAAGACUCAACAGUGUGGUGGAAAGUAAGUACAUAAAGGUACAAGUAAUAUACUUCAAUAUGAAUGUGAGGUAGGCCUACUUGAAUUUUCUGCAUUUCCUUCUACGUCCUACAUCUCCGCGCCAUCAUAAAUAUUAUAUCCUACAUUUGUCUGACAGCUUAAGUUUCUCCUCAGAUCACAUUGUCGAUCAGUAAAACAACAUAUCUCCAGAUGUGUGGAUGUUGAUGUUUGUGAUGAACUGAAGGGUGAAAAGUUCCUUGAUGUGUUUAAAAAAUCCACCUCCUUCUUCAGAUAAACAAAACUUUUAAAGAGCCGCUGGAAAAUACAAAGUCACAAAGCUGAAAACUGUUUUUAGAGAUACAAAGUUCUCAAAAGGAUAGAAACCUUAAACACAAGAUGAUCUGAUAUAUGACAACAUGUGUAAAGGAGUUAAAACGCAACAUGGACAUUAAUGCAGCAGGAAUAUGAAUUCAGAAACAUCAGGUAUAAAAGCAUGUUUUGCAAUAUUUUAACCUUGUAAUACAAGUGCUUCUACUUCAGAGGAGGAGCCGAGUACCUCCUCCACCCUCCCUCCCUGAGAGGAGGAGGAAGGUAAAGUAAAGUUGGUGUGAGUGACGCAGAGCUGCAGUCCAGACGAGUCUCUCUGUUUCUCUCUAAAGAAACAACUGAAUCCAGCAGCUUUUCAUCAACAACACAACAGGAUCUCUGACAAACUCUGAGUGUCGAUAUGUCUGCUGCCAGCUGUCUGCAGACUGAAGAUCAGUUCCUGUGCUCCAUCUGUCUGGACGUGUUCACUCAUCCAGUCACCAUACCAUGUGGACACAACUUCUGUAAAGCCUGCAUCACUGACCACUGGAACGUUAAUGCCCCGCCUAACUGUCCCAACUGUAACCAGGGUUUUAACACCAGACCUGAACUUCGGGUCAACACGUUCAUCUCUGAGAUGGCUGCUCAGUUCAGACUGUCAGCUCAACAGAAAGCCAGCAGCAGCAGCUCCGAGCAACAAGCUGCCCAACCAGGAGAAGUUCCCUGUGACGUUUGCACUGGAACCAAAGUGAAGGCCCUCAAGUCCUGCCUGGUGUGUCUGGCCUCCUACUGUGAGGCUCACCUGAAGCCUCAUCUGACUACGUCAGGUCUGAAGAGACAUCAGCUGAUGGACCCUGUGGAGAACCUGGAAGGCAGGAUGUGUACGAAGCACGAUAAACUGCUGGAGCUGUUCUGUAAGACCGACCAGAUGUGUGUCUGCAUGCUCUGCACUGUUUUAGACCACAAGAACCACGAUGUUGUUCCUCUGAGAGAAGAAUAUGAAGGAAAGAAGGCCGAGCUGGGGAAGACUGAGGCUGAAGUCCAGCAGAUGAUCCAGAAGAGACGACGGAAGAUUCAGGAGAUCAAACACUCAGUGGAGCUCAGUGAGGAAGCAGCAGACAAAGAGGUAGCAGAAGGUGUCCUGGUCUUCAGCGCUCUGAAGGAGUCUGUUGAGAGAAGCCUGGCGGAGCUCAUCGACACCAUCAGAGAGAAGCAGAGAAAGAAACAGAAACAGGCUGAAGGCUUCAUCAAAGAGCUGGAACAGGAGAUCUCUGAGCUGAAGAAGAGAAGCACUGAGGUGGAGCAGCUCUCACGCUCUGAAGAACACCUCCACCUCCUCCAGAGCUUCAGGACCCUGAACACUGCUACACCCACCAAGGACUGGACAGGAGUCAGAGUCAGUGCACCUUCAUAUGAGGGGACUGUGGUGAGAGCUGUGCACCAGCUGGAGAAGAAGCUCAGUAAACAGAUGAAGCUGCUGGAGCUGAAGAGAGUCCAGCAGUCUGCAGUGGAUGUGACACUUGAUCCUGAUACAGCACAUCCUAAACUCAUCCUGUCUGAUGAUGGAAAACAAGUUAAACAUGGAGAUGUAAAGAAGAAUCUCCCAGACGAUCCAGAGAGAUUUAAUCGUUGUGCUGUUGUUUUAGGAAAGCAGAGUUUCUCUUCAGGUAGAUUUUACUACGAGGUUCAGGUUAAAGGGAAGACUGCCUGGGUGUUAGGAGUGGUGAGAGAGUCCAUCAACAGGAAGAGAUUCACCUCACCGUCUCCUCAGAAUGGUUACUGGACGAUAUGUUUGAGGAAUGAGAAUAAGUACUCUGCUUUUGCUGGACCAUCAGUCGAUCUCUCUCUGGAGUCCCGGCCUGAGAAGGUGGGGGUGUUUGUGGAUUAUGAGGAGGGUCUGGUCUCCUUUUAUGACGUUGGUGCUGCAGCUCUGAUCUACUCCUUUACUGGCUGCUGCUUCACUGAGAAACUCUACCCAUUCUUCAGUCCAUUUAUUAAUAAUAAUGGUACAAACGCUGCUCCUCUGAUCAUCUCUGCUGUCAAUCACACUGAGUAGAACAAACACUUGAUUUUCUAGAGAUAAUUUAACAAAUCCAUAUUAUCAGUGAUUUUCAGUAUAUACGUGAUUGAUUUUCCACUUUCCGAUAAAUGGCUUUCUAUUCAUCUGUAAAUGUUUUCCUGUGAAUUGUUACACUUUUACGCCAACACACAUAUUUUUACCACUGAUGGAACACAUCACUAAUAUAAUACAUAAUCUAUAUAAUGUUCCUUAUUCUGCUUUGUACCAUUUUGCAUAAUUGUUGCUUUCACUUUUUCACCCUGCAUUGAAUCUCCUUUUAUUUGCCUCCAAAACACCUGCGGCAAGUAAUCCUGCUGAUCAUAUGGACCAUGCGGCCUGAUCGAAAGAUGGCUCCACACCCCUAGGUGGUGGGAGGUUAACAAUCAGAACAACAAAAAUAAUCGUCCGUUAAAGUCUUUCUUCGUUGAGUGCCAGUGUUUCAUCAGGAUAUACCUUCAUAGUGACUCCGGGGGAUCAUUACGGCAGAGAAAUGAUCCGACCCGACGGAGUGAGGCCUCCGUCAGCGGAAUGGAGCGACGUGGGGGGGAAGAAGAAGACUGAACAAGGCCAUAAAUUACAGUCGUCGAGGUGAAGCUAACGUCGGAGGUAACGAGCGGCAGCCACGAUGAUGAAUGUCGUAAACAUUCCGGUGAACUAAUGGUGAAGAAAAGCUCAUCAAGGGUUGUCACGGUGUGACGAACCGUCUCGAGAUGUUCUCUGGCCUUCACGCCGACGCCUUCGAGCCGCGGCACCAUUUCAGUUCCACCCGCUGAAGGUUUCCACCUGUGUCCAAUCACCUGCACCUCCCUAGUGUAUUU